CGUAGGGCUUUCAGUGGGCGGGGCUUGUGACUAAUGUCUCCGGUGGUUCUCCGACAGAACCGGUCUGACUGCUCCUCAUUCAUCAGCGGGACGGUGUGCUUCGUGCAGCGUUGCGAUCCCGUCUGCCACUCUGUCUGUUCCGGCAUCUGACACCGAGGACACCGCCGCCGGCCAUCAUCCGCGGUUCUGAUGAAUUCCUAAUGGUUCCUCACCUUGGAGAAUUUUCUGAGAAUCAAGACAUCUUCUGGAUCUUCAACAAAUGGCACGAUCAUUUGGUGCUGCUCCCGACACCGCUCAUACCUGCCUGCUGCUGGACAUAAACCUUCGGGUUCCUCAGCUUUAACCGAUCACCAGCAGGAUCCCAGCCUAGAGACUAAACUUUAACCUCCCCUAACACCUUGCUGCAGGAUGAAGAUUGAUACCAACCUGACCAUUCCUCAGCUUCCUGAGGCCCCCUCCCAAGCUGGUCUUCAGUUUGCUGUUGCUACUGAGGAGGACUUUGAUGAAAUUAUGGCAAUGAGCAAGGACAUCUAUGGUGGUCUGGACUACCUUCCCACCAGAUACACCAGCUGGCUCCAGGAAUCCAACCGCACAGUAAUUCUGGCACGCAAAGAGGGAAAAGUGAUUGCUCUGGAAUCAGCGUGUGUGAUUGAUGACGGGGAGACGAUGCUUGUGGAAGGUCUCCGUGUCGCUCCUCAGGAAAGGGGGAAGGGCGUAGCGGGAGUUCUCCUGCGCUUCUGCUCCGAGUUGGUCAAAUCCAAGUAUCCAGAUGUAAAAGUGACCCGCCUGACCCGUGACGAUCAGCUUGGGCCCAAGGACUUUGAAAAGUAUCGCAUCAUCACCAAGCAGGGUAUUCUGCUGGUGCGUUUCAGAGCUGAAGAACUCAAACUGCGACUUCGCGAAAUUAUUCCGAGUGCCGACAUUCAUUCUUCACAGCUGCCCGGUCCUCCUCCUGUGCAUCUCGAUCAAACAUCUAUCCAUCAGCUCUACCUUACCACUGACUUGAUGCAUGACGUGCUUCCUAAUGCCACCAUCAUUCAAGACUGGCAGCCAUUCAAGCUUCUACCGAGCAACAUUGAGAUCCUACUGAAGAAGGAAAUCGACUGGUUGGUGGAUGAUGUGUCCAAUCCGACUGUGGCCAGCCUCUGUACCUUCCCUUUCAAGGUGCCCAUUGGAGAUGAUUGGUAA